GAACGCGCCAAAAUAAGAAAACACAGGAACCGCCAGUGACAGCGACAGAGGAAAGCAGAGGACAAAACUUUGAAAUAACAUUAAAAGUCCGUUUCAAAUGCGGCUUUACCGACAGACGAGUACAGACCGAGCGGGAAUUUAAUCUGUUUCGCCGUGUUAAAGCCGACAGACGGGGAUAGAAGAUGGUUCUGCAGAACAGUGGACGGUACAGAGCGGACCGGGGACAAAGUGGAGGAGACCAGGAAAACCAGGACGAUGGAUCCGCCAUGUCCGCCCUCAAGCGGCUGGAGCGCAGCCAGUUCACCGACGAGAUGGACGCUCGCUUCGGCUUCGACAGGAUGAAGGAGCCGGGGGAGAAAACAGGCUGGCUGAUCAACAUGCACCCUACUGAGAUCCUGGAUGAUGACAAGAGGAUGAUCAGUGCUGUGGACUACUAUUUCAUACAGGAGGAUGGAAGCAGGUUCAAGGUGGCCCUCCCAUUCAAGCCAUAUUUUUACAUCGCCACUAAAAAGAACUGCGAGAGAGAAGUCAUCUCAUACUUGUCGAGGAAGUUUCAAGGAAAAGUUGCAAAGCUUGAAGUAAUCCCCAAAGAGGACCUGGACCUGCCGAACCAUCUAGUUGGCCUGAAGCGAAGCUACGUCAAGCUGUCAUUCAACACUGUGGACGACCUUAUCAAGGUCAAGCGUGAGAUCUCCCCGGCAGUGCGCAAGAACAGAGAGAGGGAGCAGUCCAAUGACACCUACACCUCAAUGCUAUCAAGUGCCUUAUCAGGUGGUAACGUGACGUCAGCAGAUGAAGAGGGGAUGGCAAAGAGUAUCUCAGACCAGUUGGACAACAUAGUGGACAUGAGAGAGUACGAUGUGCCCUAUCAUGUGCGGUUGUCCAUCGACCUCAAGAUCCAUGUGGCUCACUGGUAUAAUGUUCGAUUCAGAGGCAGCGCUUACCCACCAGAGAUUGUACGGAGGGACGAUCUUGUGGAGCGACCAGACCCUGUUGUUUUGGCUUUCGACAUAGAGACCACCAAACUGCCGCUGAAGUUCCCAGACGCACAGAGCGAUCAGAUAAUGAUGAUCUCCUACAUGAUUGAUGGACAGGGCUUUUUAAUCACAAACCGAGAGAUCGUCUCUGAGAACAUUGAAGAUUUUGAGUUCACUCCCAAACCCGAGUAUGAGGGGCCUUUCACUGUUUUUAAUGAGGAUGAUGAGGCAGCUCUCAUUCAGAGGUGGUUUGAUCACGUUCAAGAAACCAAGCCAAAUAUCUUUGUAACCUACAACGGAGACUUCUUUGACUGGCCUUUUGUUGAGACUCGGGCCGCCUUGCAUGGACUGAGCAUGCACAGAGAGAUCGGUUUCCAGAAGGAUAGCCAGGGAGAGUAUAAGUCAAGUCAAGCCAUCCACAUGGACUGUUUGAGGUGGGUAAAGAGAGACAGCUACCUGCCGGUAGGAAGUCAUAAUUUGAAGGCUGCCGCGAAGGCUAAACUGGGCUAUGACCCGGUGGAGCUGGACCCAGAGGAGAUGUGCCGCAUGGCAACUGAGGAGCCACAGACUUUAGCCACCUACUCUGUGUCAGAUGCCGUGGCCACGUAUUACCUGUACAUGAAAUAUGUUCACCCCUUUAUCUUCGCUCUGUGCACCAUCAUCCCCAUGGAGCCUGAUGAGGUGCUGCGUAAAGGUUCUGGGACUCUGUGUGAAGCUCUGCUCAUGGUGCAGGCCUUCCACGCAAACAUCAUCUUUCCCAACAAGCAGGAGCAGGUCUUCAACAAACUCACAGACGACGGCCACGUCAUGGACUCAGAGACCUACGUGGGCGGCCACGUGGAGGCGCUGGAGUCUGGAGUGUUUCGAAGUGACAUCCCCUGUCGUUUCAAGAUGAACCCAGCUGCGUUUGACUUCCUGUUGCAAAGAGUUGAGAAGACGAUGCGACAUGCCAUUGAGGAAGAGGAGAAGAUUCCGUUAGAGCAAGUCACAAAUUUCAAUGAGGUGUGUGAGGAGAUCAAAAAGAAGCUGAUUUCUCUAAAGGAGGUCCCGAACAGGAUUGAAUGCCCCCUUAUCUACCAUCUGGACGUUGGGGCAAUGUACCCCAACAUCAUUCUCACCAACCGCCUGCAGCCAUCCGCCAUUGUUGAUGAGGCCACUUGUGCUGCCUGUGACUUUAACAAGCCUGGUGCCUCCUGCCAGAGGAGGAUGACCUGGCAAUGGAGAGGGGAGAUCAUGCCUGCCAGCCGCAGUGAGUUCCAUCGCAUCCAGCAGCAACUUGAGUCUGAAAAGUUCCCGCCGUUUUUCCCCAACGGUCCACCUCGGGCCUUUCAUACUCUCAACAGGGAGGAGCAGGCCAAACAUGAGAAGAAACGUCUGGCAGACUACUGUAAGAGGGCCUAUAAGAAGACACACAUCACCAGGCUGGAGGAGCGAGUCACCACCAUCUGCCAGAGAGAAAACUCCUUCUAUGUCGACACUGUGAGAGCUUUCAGAGAUCGGCGGUACGAGUUCAAAGGACUCCACAAGGUGUGGAAGAAGAAACUAUCGGCAGCUCAGGACAGCGGAGACGCUGCCGAGAUGAAGCGCUGCAAAAACAUGGAGAUCCUGUACGAUUCUCUCCAGUUGGCUCACAAGUGUAUUCUCAACUCUUUCUACGGCUACGUCAUGAGGAAAGGGGCGCGCUGGUACUCCAUGGAGAUGGCUGGCAUUGUGUGCUACACAGGAGCCAACAUAAUCACUCAAGCCAGAGAGCUCAUCGAACAAAUAGGGAGGCCCCUUGAGUUGGACACUGAUGGUAUCUGGUGUGUCCUCCCCAACACCUUCCCUGAGAACUUUGUGGUGAAAACCAGCAAUGAGAAGAAGCCCAAGGUGACCAUCUCUUACCCAGGGGCCAUGCUGAACAUCAUGGUGAAGGAGGGCUUCACCAACGAUCAGUACCACGAGCUGGUCGACCCAGCAUCCAUCACUUACAACAUCAGGUCGGAGAACAGUAUCUUCUUUGAGGUGGACGGACCGUACCUGGCCAUGAUCCUGCCCGCCUCCAAGGAGGAAGGGAAGAAACUGAAGAAAAGGUACGCUGUGUUCAAUGAGGAUGGCUCUCUGGCUGAGCUGAAGGGUUUUGAAGUGAAGAGAAGAGGAGAGCUCCAGCUCAUUAAGAUUUUUCAGUCGUCAGUGUUUGAGGCUUUUCUCAAAGGUACCUCUCUGGAGGAGGUGUAUGCCUCUGUGGCCAAAGUGGCUGACUACUGGCUGGAUGUUCUGUACAGCAAGGCUGCCAACAUGCCAGAUACGGAGCUGUUCGAACUGAUUUCGGAAAAUCGUUCAAUGUCCAGAAAACUGGAGGACUACGGAGAGCAGAAGUCAACUUCUAUCAGCACGGCUAAGAGACUGGCUGAGUUCCUGGGAGACCAAAUGGUGAAAGAUGCUGGUCUGAGCUGUCGCUACGUCAUCUCCAGAAAACCUGAGGGUUCACCUGUCACAGAGAGGCUGUGGCCCGCUGGCCAGGAGGCACCCACGACUCAUUUACUUUGUAAAACAGUGGCCCAUCAGCCUCUUGAAGCAGGCCAAGCUGCAGACAUAGAGGACUUUGGAAUGCCAGCCAGACCUCUGCAGCCAGCCAUUCCCAUCACUACCAAACGGAAGCGGGCAUCUCAGGGAGAGGACAGCCAGGUGGAGUCUCAGGAUGUUGCGCUCACUCAGUCCUGGAGAGAGAUCCUGGGGCCGCCCCCACCUACGGGAAAAACACGGGAGGAGCGUCUAGUGUGGCUGCGUUACCACAAGAAGAAGUGGGAGCUGCAGCUGAGGCAGAGGAAGGAGAGGAAGAAGAGGAGGAGGCUGCUGGAUGGUGAAGCUCAACCCGUAGGGGGAGGAGUGAUCAGAGAUGGCCCCACCACCGGCCUGGGAAGCUUCCUCCGCAGAACUGCACGCAGCAUCCUGGACAUGCCAUGGCAAAUUGUGCAGAUUGCAGAGACUAGUCACCCCGGUCUGUACAAGUUAUGGGCUGUAAUUGGACACGACCUCCACUGUAUGAAGCUCAACAUCCCACGUGUCUUCUAUGUCAACCAGAAAGUCCCAAAACAGGAGGAGGGAGCCACAUACAAAAAGGUGAACCGCAUGCUGCCUCGCUCCAACAUCGUGUACUACCUUUAUGAGUACUGUGUACCAGAAGACAUGUACCAGGAGCACAUCAAUGAGAUCAACGCUGACCUGUCGGCCCCAGACAUUGAAGGAGUUUAUGAAACACAGGUCCCAUUGCUGUUUCGUGCACUGGUGCAGCUCGGAUGUGUUUGUAUGGUCAAUAAACAUGUUGUGAGGGAUAUGGCCGGCAGGGAGGCCGACACUUUUGACCUGGAGCACCUGGAGAUGAGGUCUCUGGCUCAGUUCAGCUACCUGGAACCAGGGAGCGUUCGCCACAUGUACCUGUAUCAUCACAGUCAGGGUCACAAGGCUCUUUUUGGCCUGUUCAUCCCCUCUCAGCGCAAAGCCAGCAUCUUUGUCCUGGACACAGUCAGAAGCAAUCAGAUGCCCAACCUGACUAACCUCUACACAACUGAACGCACUGCUCUCCUGGAGAAGACGACCGAGGAGCUUCUGCCUCCAGAGAAACACAACUUUGAGGUCCGAGCUGAAAACGAUGCAAAGGCUAUUUACCGUGCACUGCAGCGCAUACUCCUGAACUACAAGGAGGAGCGCCGUGGGCCAACCCUCAUUGCUGUGCAGUCAAACUGGGAGCUGCGGCGGUUGGCAGCAGGGAUGCCGGUGCUUGAGGAGUUUCCAGUUGUUCCAGUGCAUGUGGUUGAUGAGAUCAGCUAUAAUGUGCUGGACUGGCAACGCCAUGGCGCCCGACGCAUGAUCCGCCACUACCUCAAUCUGGACAGCUGCCUGUCACAGGCUUUCGACAUGGCCAGGUAUUACCACUUACCUGUUGGGAACUUGCCUCAGGAUGUGUCCAUCUUUGGCUCAGACUUGUUCCUGGCACGACAUCUACGGAAACACAACCACCUGCUGUGGCUCUCACCCACAGCCAGACCCGACCUGGGAGGAAAAGAGGCUGAUGACAGUCGUCUUGUCAUGGAAAGUGAUGACAGGGGCUCCGUGGAGAUCAAUGCUCAAGGAUGUUAUUCCACAGUGUGUGUGGAGUUGGACCUGCAGAGCCUGGCAGUGAACACCAUCCUCCAAUCACAGCAUGUCAAUGACAUGGAAGGUGGAGCUAGUCUGGGUGUCAGCUUUGAUGUGAUCCAGCAGGCCUCGUUGGAGGACAUGAUGUCAGGGAACCAGGGGGCCAGCGCUGUCGCUAGCUACGAUGAGACCGCUCUCUGCUCCAACACCUUCAGGAUCUUGAAGAGCAUGGUGGUUGGAUGGGUCAGAGAGAUCACGCAGUACCACAACGUGUAUGCAGACAACCAGGUGAUGCACUUCUACCGCUGGCUGCGCUCCCCCAGCUCUCUGCUCUAUGACCCUGCACUGCACCGCACCCUGCACAACAUGAUGAAGAAGGUGUUCCUACAGUUGGUGUCAGAGUUCAAACGUCUCGGCUCCACUGUGGUGUAUGGAAACUUCAACAGGAUCAUGUUGUGCACAAAGAAACGGAGGAUAGAUGAUGCCAUUGGCUAUGUGGAGUACAUCACCAACAGCAUCCACUCCAGAGAAAUCUUCCACUCUUUGUCCAUCUCCUUCUCCCGAUGCUGGGAGUUCCUGCUGUGGAUGGAUCCGGCCAACUAUGGCGGUGUGAAGGGUAAACUGCCCUCCAGCGUCAUGUAUGGAGAGGAUGGAGCCAAACAAAAGAAAAAGAGUGGCGAAGAGGGAGAUGAGGAGGGCAGUGAGGAUGAAGACGAGGAUGGAGCUGAUGUUGAGGAAGAUGAUGGUGAUGGAGAGACAGAUGAGGUGGAGGAGCUGAUUGAGAGCAACUGGAACAUCAUGCAGUAUCUGCCCCAAACUGCCUCCUGUCAAAAAUACUUCCUCAUGAUCGUCUCUGCCUACAUUGCAGCGGUCUACCACAGCAUGAAAGAGGAGCUGAGACGUAACGCUCCUGGAGCCACGCCAAUCAAGAGACGUGGAGGCAGCCAGGCUUCCCAGCAGGCCGUGGGGGAUUUGAGCGCUCUUCCUGGAAUGAUCUCCUUCUCCCAGGAAUAUGUGUCCAGCGAGCUGACACAGAACUUUUUCACCAUCACUCAAAAAAUCCAGAAGAAGGUGACGGGUACCAGGAGUGUCAACCAGCCCUCGGAGAUGUUCCCUGUCCUGCCCGGAUCCCACCUGCCGCUCAACAACCCAGCACUGGAGUUUAUCAAAUAUGUCUGCCAGGUCCUGUCACUGGAUGCCAACAUAGUGAACCAGGUGAACAAGCUGAAGAGAGACCUCCUGCGUCUGGUGGACGUUGGAGAGUUUUCAGCAGAUGCUCAGUUCUGUGACCCCUGUAACUCCUACAUCCUGCCAGAGGUCAUCUGCCACCACUGCAAUUUCUGUCGUGACCUCGACCUCUGCAAGGACCCAUCUGUAGCACAAGACGGAUCAGUGUUGCCUCAGUGGUUCUGCUCCAACUGCCAGGCGCAGUAUGAGACUGAGUCUAUUGAGAUGGCUCUGGUGGAAGCUCUGCAGAAGAAACUGAUGAGCUACACGCUGCAAGACCUGGUGUGUACAAAAUGUAAAGGAGUGAAGGAAGCAAACAUGCCGCUGUACUGCAGCUGUGCCGGAGACUUUGACCUCACUUUCCCAGCCAAGAGCUUCUCUGAGCAGAUCACAGUGUUUCGGAACAUCGCGUCCCACUACAACAUGAGCUUCCUGGAGGAGACCAUUGACUGGUUGCUUGUAAUGAGCCCACACAUCAGCCAGAGCGCUCACUGAAUGUGACAUCCGCCACAGAGGUCCAACACUCCCUCGGCUGCAGCCGUAGCAACGACUUCUCAAUCUGGGAAUUCUGAAAUUUUUCCAGUUUAUGCACUUGUUUGUCAGCUUUGAUGUGUGAUGGUAUGUAAUAAGGACACUAGUGAGGCAGGUUGGAGGGGAAGUGUGUGGACUGUAGAUAUGUUUGAAUAGUGCCAUAAUAAAGUGAUGUAGGUUUGUGAAUUUCA